AUGACACACAAAUUCUACUGCUCCGACCAGUCCAGCUACGAAUUCAAGCCUAGGACCGCAUCUAGUCCGAGCUUAAAACACGAACGAGGAGCUUCCCGUUUAAUAUAUACUUACGUACAGAGUACUGCUCGAGCUCUCCGCAGCCUGCCACACAUCAUCUAUAACAACGUAGCUUUUCGCUUCUCUCACCACCACCCACCUCCUCCUUUCUCCUCUCAAAUCCAAUUGCUCUCUAGGAUCUUCGGACGGAACUUGAGAGACAAUCGGCACCGAACGGCUCAAACCACCACCACAAAGGCAUCUUUUACGCGACACACAUCAAAAUGGUAUCUUUUCGCCCCUUGUCCCGUUCUCUCCCCUUAG